CCAAUCCUCUCUUUGACGCGACUAAGCGCUGAGCCAACAAAAGCAUUAGGGUAGCCAUCUGCUAUUUCGCCAUAGUAAGCAUAUUCAAGGGCUAAUCAUAGAGAACCAUCAUUAGUCGUGUUUAAACAAUGGCAUGGAAUAGUUCAAAAUCAUUCGCAGGGUUUUCAGACUUCAAUACCACACCCAAGGACAAGGACAUGGACGUGGAUGUAGACACGGAAAGUAGCCCUGUUCCUAGUUUAACAGCUUCUAAAAAAAAGCCCUUUAUCAGCACUACAUUUGAUGAUGCAGCAGAAACUUUUCAAGAGACAUUUGAAACAGGAAUCGAGUUUCAAAAAUUCGCGCGUCCACUGGAAAAGCUUCAGCGUCUCCGAAUCGGCUCCUCAUUAGAGGCAGAUAUUGACAUGGUCGCUAUCCUUCCGGAAUUUGAUAUUCUUUGCUCCACCCGCGCUCAACAACUAGAAUACAGAAAGGAUUCAGAUGCCGGAUAUCGUACUUUUAGCGCAGUAGAUGAAUACAAACUAUGGCAAUCUGAAAGCCAUACAUGGCUCCUCUUGACUAUACUCUUCAAUACUUUUGAAAAGAAGACCGCAUAUGUGGGCAAAGGAUCGGAAGUGCUCGAAUGGUCUGAUCUCGACCUGAUAGAGCAUUUGGCUAAUAUGGACAAUAACUACAAGCAUCACCUUGCAGUCAAAACAUGGCUUGAAACUAUCGCGCCAGAAUUUACGCCAAUUGCUUUAGCAAAGACAUAUGCACAACAAACUAAUAAUACAUUUUCGCGACCAACCCUCGCUUUUGGGGCGCCUCGAACUCAUUCAGCAACAUCACCUCUUAGCAAAAAGGUCUAUAUAGAUCCGGAUGCAACCACGCGUGAUGGCACCAAACUCGGUGAAGGCAAUCAGCGAGCUGAGCAAGAUCUAUUGAGGACAGUUUGGGAAUACAUCCGACGUGGAAAUGUGGAGGAUGCCAAGAGGGCUUGUAUUAAGGCAAACGAGCACUGGCGAGCAGAAAGCAUUGGAGGAGGAAGCUUUUAUUCUGUACCCAUCGCGUUCAAAGAUCCUGUGUAUGAUCGUGAGGACGACCGCCAUGGCAACAAAACACGCAGUCUUUGGAAGGGCACAUGCUAUGCACUUGCGACUGAGCCAACAGUAGAUAAAUAUGAAAGGGCAAUAUAUGGCGCUCUUUGCGGAGAUGUUUCUUCGGUUUUGCCAGUGUGCACAAGUUGGGAGGAUCAUGCAUGGGCUCAAUACAACGCGCUUGUGGAAAGCAUGAAUGAAGCGCGUUUGGGGCAAUUCAACCGUGGAGGAGCAAGCAAAGCCCUCCCUCUUCCAGCAUCAACUGUCACUUCAGCUAAAGAUAUUUUUAACAACUUGAUGAACAGUGAUAACCAGGAGGUUAAGAAUGCAUCUCAGGAGACGUUCAGAAGAGUUCAAAUGAGUAUUAUCUUGGGACAGACAGAUCAGCUCCUUGUCAAGAUGGCCAAGGAAGCCCAAGCGUCUAGUAAAAAUGGCUCACCCAUUCAACCCCACCUCUUGCGUUUUAUGGCACAUUUUGUCCUUUUACUGCAGUCAAAGGAAGCCCAUGUUCCCAAAGAUGCCGGCAAUUAUUUUAUCAAGUCAUAUGUUGAUUACUUGAUUUCCAGGAAAAUGUAUGAUUUAGCUCCACUUUAUGCAUCAUUCCUACCUGUUCAACUUCAAGUCGAAGCCUGCUCUUCAUAUCUCAUAACAAUCAAUGGAUCCAAAAAGGAUCGUCAAGAACAUGUGAAUAUUAUCCGGAGAAAUAGACUGGAUAUGCACAAAAUCCUUACAGCAACUGUGGAUGCUUUAUUAGAAAAUAUCAAGGAUGAUCUUGAAAGGAGAGAUGUUGAUUACAUGGCAAAUCUUCAAUGGAGCAUUGAGUCUUCAUCAACGACAGAAGAGAAGACAGCCAUUAAGGCCAUGGAGUGGCUUACGUUUGAUGAACAUCAGUAUCAGGAAUGUUUGCUCCGCAGCAACUCGUUGGCAAGGCGUUACUUACUGCAAGGUCGCCUGAACGCUGCGCUAGCGCUUUUCAAUAGCCUCCCAGCAGAAGUGGGACAACUCCAGUUCAGGGAGUUGCAAUCACAACAGCCACAAGGAUCGCAGGAUACGGUUAUUCAAUCAAAUACACAUGAGCAUUUUUAUUAUCGGGAUUUAUUUAGUACGCGCCUAUUGUAUGAGGAAUGGAAAGAUCAUUUGACUUCUAAACCUACUACUGGCGAAGGACAACGAUCCAAAAUGAUGAUGUGGGAGUCGACCCUGAAGGAUAAAGCGCAGAAAGUGAUCGUGGAGAUCGAGACAUUAUUGUCAUCACGGUGGCUAUUUGAUUGUAUUGUACCUGGAGAUGCGUCAAGGAAUCAGGAACUGAAACGACUUCGUCAAAUCUACAUUUCAGAACUGGUGAUGAAUUUGCACAAGGUCUAUUUUGAAAGUCGGGUGGUUAAACCUGAGUAUUUGGAAAAGUCUGUGGACAUAUCCAAUUUGGUAGCGAGCGAAACUGCGGGUGUGCCAUUAUACAAGGAGUUGCAGGAUAGUAACAGACUCAACGAGUUCUUGGAUCAAGUGCGCUUGUCCUCAAUUGAGUUGAUUCGAGAGGGCAAGUCGCCAUUUGCGUACUAGCUCAUGAAAAGAAAAGAAAAAAAUACUCAGUCAUUGGGCAAGUACAAGAAUUGGAGAGCCACCAUUAAAAAAAGGUUCAGACAUUCAGGCACACGUGUUAUACGGAAAGAUCCUCAUAUUACAUUUGCGAGAACACCACUAAAUGAAUACACCCAUACAC